ACAUUUCAUAAAAUUUAAGAAAACCAAAACUCUGCUCAAAUUAUAAUAAGUAAUAACCAAAACCAACUGUGAUUAUAAAUUAUAAAGACUAAGAUAACUCACUGUAAAAACGUUUCCAUCCAGGGCAUGUUGUGUUCCUCAGUUACCGAGCGAUGAGAUAAUUACUGUUGAUGAGCGACUCUCGCUCUGCUCGGAGAUCUCAGAGUCAUCAUGACGCGAGCCGGACCGCCUAGUGAAAAUCUUCCGACUAUUUAGAUUGUCAGAUGACUAUAUUCAGGGACAGUGAUAGUGUAAAGUUAGUUGUUGUUGGCGAUGGUGGGGUUGGCAAGAGUGCAAUCACAAUUCAAUUCUUCCAAAAACUAUUUGUAACAGACUAUGAUCCCACCAUUGAGGAUUCUUAUAUACAACACACGGAGGUGGAUGGACAGUGGUGCAUACUUGAUGUACUGGACACGGCCGGUCAAGAAGAGUUUAGUGCUAUGCGGGAACAGUAUAUGCGAAAAGGAGACGGUUUCCUCCUGGUCUACUCCGUGACUGACAAGCAGAGCUUUGAAAACAUCCGGCAUUUCCACACCCAGAUCCUCAGAGUUAAGGACAGGGAGACAUAUCCAAUGCUGAUAGCUGCAAAUAAGGUGGAUUUAGUCCAUUCGCGUGUAGUAAGCGAAGAGGCAGGUCGCGAUAUGGCGAGACACCUCAACGCGCCCUACAUCGAGACCAGCGCUAAAGAGCCGCCGCUUAACAUUGAUGCUGCAUUCCAUGAGCUCGUCCGUAUCAUCCGGAACCAUCCGCAGCAGGAGGAGAAACAACGUCGCCGGAGGAAGUUCUUCACUAAAUGCCAAAUACUUUAGAUACAACUUAGUCUAUAGAUACCUGUCGUAAGACAAGAACCAAAGAUACCAUGAAAUUAUUUAUUUGAAUUGAAUAUGAUUGUCUUAGAACAUGUUCUAAAUGCUAUAUGUAUUGGAAAGUAAACAGUACUGUUUGUGCAAUAUUCAAAAUCGUUACGAGAAUUGCUGAUAAAGUAAAAUGUCUUUACUUUAGCACCCGUACAUUUAUCAAAUUAAAGUCGAGAUAACGUGGAAGAUUAUUUUAUGACUUAAGUAUAAGUUACAGUAUUAACUAUCGAUUUCUAUGUAUAAAGAUCUGUGAAGAAUAUAUGCUAAAGAAAAGUUAACGUGGCUUGUUAAAUGUUAAAGUGUUAUAUAUUUUUAUUCAAAUUAACAUGACCGUUAAGGCGCAGAGGCGCCUCGAACACUCGCUCAUAGAAUAUAAUAGAUCUGAUAAUGUGAAAAAAUGCUUAAAGCAUAAACUAUACUUUCUUAGAAAUAAGCAAUGUUCAAACCAAAAUACACUCCAAGAGCCUAAAACUACCCCACUACGCAUAAGAUGCGCAAAUGUCGCUACGUUUAUCUAUUGCUAGACAUUAACUUAUACUUAAUAUACCGUCUCAGCGCAUGAAUACUCAAUCUGUGAACAUUAUUUCAACACAUUGAGUAUGCAUAUGGUGAUUAGUGAAGCACAAAAUAUGUAUUUUCGCAAUUAUAAGUGAAUGAUUAGGAAGGCAUUUUGUUUUUGCACUAAGUGUUUGUAGUUAAUAGACAAAUCUCUAGAUGGCGCUGUGAGAAUAAAUGUUAUACCAAGCGUUAAUUUGCGAGAACUUUAACAUUUUUAGAAACCUUCUGUGCUGAUAUGUGUUUUGUCUAGUUUAUUGGAUAUAUAUUUAUAAGUCGAUCGUUGAAAGAAAAUACCAAAGCAUUUAAAUAAAUAGAUUGGGUCCCGCCCUUCCUUAUUGUUUACGAGAUCCAUCGUUGUGUGUUAGCAUUCUAUAUCUACUUUUGUUUUAUUGUUGUCCCAUCUAUGUUAUGAAAUAUAUUUUUCUUUAUUUA